CCAGGGAUCAAGCAAAGAACAAGAGUAGCUGCAGAGAGGAAGAAGUGUUCCUAAAUUCCAGAGAAACUAUUACUCUAGCCAAAAUUAUAUAGAAAAAAUAAUGCCGAUCAGUAGGAUUGCAAUUGGAUCACCAGGAGAGGCGAGCCAACCUGAUGCUCUCAAAGCCGCUCUCGCCGAGUUCAUCUCAGUGCUCAUCUUCGUCUUCGCCGGCGAAGGCUCGGGGAUGGCCUUCAAUAAGCUCACGAACGAUGGCUCAACGACGCCUGCGGGUCUCGUUGCAGCAGCCUUGGCGCACGCCUUUGCGCUGUUCGUGGCAGUGUCCGUUGGGGCCAACAUUUCUGGAGGUCAUGUGAACCCGGCCGUCACAUUCGGUGCCUUCAUUGGUGGCAACAUCACCCUGCUGAGAGGCAUCCUCUACUGGAUAGCGCAGUUGCUCGGAUCAGUCGUUGCCUGCUUGCUUCUCAAGUUCGCCACUGGAGGACUGAAAACAUCAGCCUUCUCAUUGUCCACAGAUGUGAGCGUGUGGAAUGCUCUGGUGUUUGAGAUCGUCAUGACCUUCGGCUUGGUGUACACGGUCUAUGCUACGGCUCUGGAUCCAAAGAAGGGCAACCUUGGAGUGAUCGCGCCCAUAGCUAUCGGCUUCAUCGUGGGCGCAAACAUAUUGGCUGGUGGGGCGUUUGAUGGGGCAUCCAUGAACCCUGCAGUCUCCUUCGGCCCUGCGGUGGUGAGCUGGACUUGGGACAGCCACUGGGUGUACUGGUUGGGACCUUUGAUUGGUGCAGCAGUGGCUGCUGUGGUGUAUGAUGUGUUCUUCAUUGGCCAGGGCACCCAUGAGCAGCUUCCCACCACAGAUUACUGAGGGGAUAAGAAGCCCAUAUCCAUCUCUCUAUGUCUGUGUUCAGUCAAUUUAUCCAAGGCUCGUGCUGUGGAGG